AUGGUGGAAACCAGGGGUUCUCGUCCAUCUUUUGAUGGAUCGACUGACCUUCCCUCAUUUACCCUCGAUGAUGGCGAUCUUGACCAGAAAUUCUCUCCUGCGUUGCAGGAGAAUGACGAAGCCAUGUCCCCUCCAGCGGCGAAGAAACGUCGAACCGGCUCGGACUCUCACCGCGCCACCGCGACGCAAUCGCCAUUCCAGGACUCAGAUCAGCAGCACGGAGCUGGCCACAAAAUCGAAGAAGAGCUAGCAACCGCUCUCGGGGAAGGCAUCGUCAACAACAUGCAUGUGCCUAAUGAAUCGGGUCAGGCUCCGGCUACCAAUGGCGAGUCGUCCGAUGCCAGCUCUAAUGUGGCAUCUCUCGUAGGUGAAAUCAUGGAUCAUACGGAGCGCCAGGAACAGACUGUUGCGAUGGGUCCACAAGAGGUGCCUCCUCAGGGCGAGUUCCCUGGCAGUCGAGGUGUCGCGUUCCUGAAGGCCAACUCUCACCUAAAGAUCCAGAGUCUGCCCAUUCUCGAGAAUCUGUCAAUGCAAAUUCUGUCUUUCCUCUCCCAGAACAGCUACCAGGACUUAAUAGCCAUGAUUUCUGAGCCAGAAUCUGAAGAUGGCCAGGCCUACGCCACGAUGCGCUCCCUCUUUGACCACACCAAGCGGAUCUAUUCGAUCAAAAACUCAUUCCUCAAACGCACCGACCUCGAAAUCACCGACCCUUCCCAGUUAGACGUCAUUCGCAAGGCAAAUCUGGCAUCGUUCGUUUCAAGCAUUUUUGGUUCUCAGGAGAUUGGCUUCGCCGAGUUGAACGAGAAUUUCCGCGAUGUCUUUAUGUCAGAGGGUGGUCGCCUGCUGAAAGGACCGGCUGCUCUGUACCUUGAACUCAAAACUCAAGCUUUCAUCGCCGCCAUGAAUAAUAAGUCAGUCUCACGGGAAGAGUUACUGUAUGAGCUGUUUCCGAAAGACAUGGAAAGUCAGCUGCUUGCGAAUAGGCCGGGGAACCGACAAUUAGCACCGACCGAAAUCGACUUUUUGACCCGGUUUACCAAGCGUCGUGAGCAUCUGUUGAAGGACUUGGAGAGUGAGGAAACGAUCAAAGCGUUGCCCGACAAGUAUCAGUGGGAGCAUUUCCUUCGAGACCUGGGCGCUUACAUCUCCAAGAAUUAUGAAUCAAUAAGCACACCUUAUGGUAAAAAGUUCAAGCGUCGUCCAUCUAGUGCCCACGAAGACGAAGAGACCCCUAGCACCACCCACCAGGGCCAAUUUUCGGUGAAUCAACCAUUGAAGGUCCCGGUGGACCAGAAUAUGCACGGUGACAUUGUGGAGCGAGCGGCUCGUGCUGCGCGACUUGCCUUGCAAGGCGAUGGACUUCGGCGUUCUCAACAACAGUCUCAGCUACAGCACCAGUACCAACAGCCGCAGGCUCAAAAUCAAGCGCCAGCUCAAGCCAGCCCUUCCUCGUCCCACCCCCCUCCCAUCAACCACAAGUCUCGCAGCCGCAGCCGCAGCAGAAUACCCAAUCCGAUCACCAAUUCUUCCAAAACUACACCCCCGCUCAACAACCACAGCAACAAUACAACCAGCAGCCUGCUGUGCAGCAAUAUCAGCAUAGCCCUACCCCCCCUGCAACAAAGCCCAUUGCCGUCCGCCACGCCUACCUUCCAACAAUACAACCCCAACGCGGCGCAAUCAAUGCAGGCGCGACAAAAUGGAAUUUCGACGAACUUCUACUACCCACCCGAACAUCCUCAUGUCUCCCAAACACAACCUACCCAAGUCUUGUAUGAACGCGCUCGGAUGGCAGCAUCUGCAAAAUCCUCUCCUGCUAGUCGCAAAUCAGGCCUGCCCAGCCAACGGCGCCCUUGGACUAUGGAGGAGGAGAGUGCUCUCAUGGCAGGUCUGGACAGGGUGAAGGGCCCACAUUGGAGCCAAAUUCUGGCUAUGUUUGGUCCUGGUGGUGUCAUCAGUGAAGCCUUGAAGGACCGUAACCAGGUUCAGUUGAAGGACAAGGCACGGAAUUUGAAGCUCUUCUUUUUGAAGAGUGGCAUUGAGGUUCCCUACUACCUCAAAUUUGUGACCGGAGAACUGAAGACUCGCGCCCCUGCCCAAGCUGCCAAGAGAGAGGCCCGCGAGCGGCAGAAGAAGCAAGGCGAGGAAGACAAAGCACACGUCGAGGGUAUCAAGGGCAUGAUGGCUCUUGCGGGCGCACAUUCAUCACCGGUGGGUGGCCAUGAAAUGUCUGCCUCGCCCAGUUUGCCGCCGGACCCAAACAGCCAGGCCAUGUUUGAUCAAACGGCCGAGCAAAACCUCAUGCAGACACUGACUCAAGAGGUGCACGGCAGCCCGUAUCAGCAGCAGCAUCAUAAUGGGCAUACGGCUGAUCAUAUCGAUCCUUCGAUGCAGCUUGGGCAGUAG